AUGGCAACCGAGCCAACCAACGCUGGCGACCUGCCCUCCGAGCUGAAACUCCAGGUCCUCAAACUCGCCCGAGCCAGGACCGAAACCAGAGACAUCAUCGACGUCGAGCUGGUUAUCCAUGACCGCCCGGAUCUCGAUGGCGGAACGGAGCUUGUGAUGGAGAUGCAUCUUCGCAACGGCUUCGAGAGCACGGAGCGACUGAGAGAGAAGGCCGCUCAUCUCGCUGUCUGCAAGGCUGCCAGGCGUGAGGCGCUCAAGGAAGGAUCCACUCCUCUCAAGGUCCACGGUGGCGUCAUAUAUAUCGAUCCCAAGACGGCCGUUCUUCGCUUCGGUCCUACGGAGCGCAUUCUCGACCUCUUGCUACGGCCUGUUCUUCAUGACCACGACUGGGAGCCUCCCGAGCCUGAGCAUAUUUGGAACAUCAAGAAGAUCUGUUUCGACAUUGACGACUUCGGACUCUUCCACGUCCCCCGCACCAAAGUAUUGAACAACAUCUACCAGUCGUCGUGCUACGUUCGAGAGAAGUUACGCGUCCAGCAACUGUUCUACAGCAUCGCCAUCAUCUGCAGAUACUUCCCCGACUUGGAGUCCGUCUGCUUCUCGACGGAGCACCCCCUGCUCGGCUGGUUCCCGGACCAGCAGCACUUCCCCAGCAAGACGCGCCGCGGCAUCCACAUCAACGAGAGCGGAGACCCCUGGUCCCCGCUCUACAAGCCCAAGGAGACGGUUCUGACCUUCUGGAAGUCGUGCGUCUUUCUUCUGAGCGCCUUCGACGACAUGCUGCCUGUUCCUGUUGCCCCAGUGAACGUCAGUGUCCGCUUCCUCGCAUGGACUCCCCAGCAUGACCGAAGGGAGGAGAUCUGGCUGCCGGGACUGCGAAAGGCACGUCCCAAUGUUCGUUUUGCCAUUCGGCAAUUCCGUGAUUGGAUGGUGACUGAUCAGCCGUUCUAA